AUGGAAAUGAAUGCAAUCAAAUCGACGGUUUGAGCAUAACCUUAAAUUCGAUCGGCAAACUUUAAAACUGAAAGAAGAUAUUUUUCUGCUGAUGAAAACGAAUUUGGUUUACGUAGAAAAAUGGCUGAAAUUGAUGAACCUCAGACCAACAGUGUCUCGAAUAACAACAAUUCCGAGGAUAGUGACGAUGGCUGUGACACGGCAUUCGACGAUCCCGUGUUGAAAAUAAUCCGUGGCUUUCCGAGUGUAACCGAUGAAACCAUCAAAAGAAUUAAGGAAAGUGACAUUAUGCACAAGGAUUUAUCAGCCUUAUCUCACAAAGAUUUGGAAUUGUUUGGCCUUGAAGAUGCGGAAACAAGGCGUGAAAUGAUUGCCGAACUGUCCAGUCAACCAAACCAAGCGGUCCAUUUUGAAAAAUAUGUUGCAGAAAUGGAUUCGGCCAAAUACAAAGAAACGGCAUAUAAAAAUAUACUCGACCAAUUGCGUCUAAUGAACAUGGUGUUGGAAGCGUCACAAACGACUUUGAAAGCAAAUCCAAUCAAAUACGAUAAACUGGUCGAUGACAAUGUGUACAUCUCAUCGCUGAACAAAAAGGCUCUCGAAGAAAUUCUGAAGAUGGUUUCUUAUAUACUGCGUCUUCCCAAAAAUAACCAAUGGAGCCAAUGGCUCUAUCCAGUGGCUGGCUUUGCUAGCUUUGCUGGUCUCGCUCUUCUGAGCUCAUUCAUCAUUCUUCGUAAAAUGCGUUAAGAUACAAUCGAUUCUCAUAGUUUGUAAGCCACUGUCCAUAGUGCCUAAUGAAAUGAACAAAUGUGAAGCUCUUCAAGAAGCACAAAACAAAUACAAAUUUAAAUAUAAAUGCGAUAUCUACAUA